CAAACACACUUUGAUUGAUCAUCCACUCUUCUUAAAGUCCAUUCCCCCACCCUACAAAUGGCCUCAUUUCCACCUCCUCCUCCACCACCAGCCUCAGCCACCACCGCCGUAGAAAAACCAAAAUGUCAUCACUUCAUGUCAAGUUCUUGGCGCCAUCAAUAUUGCCAAUUAGCAACAACAAAUUCAAGAAUGUGAGGGCCCACGCCACCCCGCCGCAGACGGCGCCGCCGCCGCCGUCUGCGGCGGUGGCGGUGGAUGCGGAGAGACUGGAGCCGAGGGUGGAGGAGAAAGAUGGCUUCUUUGUGCUCAAGGAGAAGUUCAGGCAAGGGAUAAACCCUCAAGAGAAAGCCAAGAUCGAAAAAGAGCCCAUGAAACUCUUCAUGGAAAACGGAAUCGAAGAGCUCUCCAAAAUCCCCAUUGAAGAUCUCGACAAAUCCAAGCUCACUAAAGACGACGUUGAUGUCAGACUCAAAUGGCUCGGCCUUUUCCACCGCAGGAAACACCACUAUGGUAGGUUCAUGAUGAGGUUUAAGCUGCCGAAUGGGGUGACAACGAGUGAUCAAACGCGGUAUUUGGCUAGUGUGAUUAGGAAGUAUGGGAAGGAUGGUUGUGCUGAUGUUACAACGAGGCAGAACUGGCAGAUACGGGGCGUUGUGCUGGCCGAUGUUCCCGAUAUCUUGAAGCGGUUCGAUGAAGUCGGGCUGACUAGCCUGCAGAGCGGGAUGGACAACGUGAGGAAUCCGGUCGGGAACCCUCUUGCUGGGAUUGAUCCUCAUGAGAUUGUUGACACUAGGCCUUACAAUAACCUGCUGUCUCAAUACAUCACUGCUAAUUCGCGCGGAAAUCCCUCUUUCACCAACUUGCCGAGGAAGUGGAAUGUGUGUGUGAUAGGGUCACACGAUCUCUACGAGCAUCCGCAUAUAAACGAUCUUGCGUAUAUGCCAGCGACAAAGGAUGGGCGUUUCGGGUUCAAUCUUCUCGUGGGAGGGUUCUUUAGCCCCAAGAGAUGCGCUGAGGCGAUCCCUCUUGAUGCAUGGGUCCCCGGUGAUGACAUUCUCCCCGCCUGUGGGGCGAUCCUCGAGACUUUUAGGGACCUCGGGACCAGAGGCAACAGGCAAAAAACAAGAAUGAUGUGGUUGAUUGAUGAACUUGGGAUUGAGAAGUUCCGGGAGGAAGUGGCGAAGAGGAUGCCGGAGGCGAAUUUGGAGAGGGCGUCGAGCGAAGAUCUCGUCGAUAGCCAAUGGGAAAGACGGGACUACUUCGGGGCGCAUCCUCAGAAGCAAGAAGGGUACAGCUUUGUAGGCAUCCACAUCCCCGUCGGGCGCGUUCAGGCGGACGACAUGGACGAGCUCGCACGCUUGGCCGACACGUACGGGUCGGGCGAGCUGAGGCUCACGGUCGAGCAAAACAUCAUAAUACCAAACAUCCCCGACUCGAAAGUGGAGGCCCUGCUCAAGGAGCCCCUCCUCACCGAGAAGUUCUCCCCCGAGCCACCGAUCCUCAUGAAGGGACUGGUGGCGUGCACGGGCAACCAGUUCUGCGGCCAGGCUAUCAUAGAGACGAAGGCGCGCGCGUUGAAGGUGACGGAGGAGGUUGGGAGGCUCGUCUCUGUCUCGAAGCCGGUGAGGAUGCACUGGACCGGGUGCCCCAACACGUGCGGGCAGGUGCAGGUGGCCGAUAUCGGGUUCAUGGGGUGCAUGACGAGGGACGGGAGCGGGAAGGUAGUCGAGGGGGCUGACGUGUUCCUUGGGGGGCGAAUCGGGAGCGACUCGCAUUUGGGGGAUGUGUACAAGAAAGCUGUGCCUUGUGAUCAGCUGGUUCCAUUGGUUGUGGACUUGUUGGUGCAGAAAUUUGGUGCUGUGCUGAGAGAGAGAGAAGAAACUGAGGAUUGAAUGAUCAUUCAUCUCAAUUUGUGUAUGAUUUUUACUCUACUAGGAAAAAUAACCAUUUCCUCUUAAAGGAGGUUGGAUUUUCUUUGUGAAUUGGAACAAAAAUUGCAUUUGAUAAAGUUGUUGGGACUGAAUUCUAAUA